AUGCUGAUUUCAAACUUGGUUCGAACCCUGCAGAAAAGACUCAGCGAACUUGUGGAAGCGUUGGAUGGCCAGUUGGAUCCUACGGUCACCUCAGAUCUCAAUAUGCUUGGCCUUUGUCGGGUGAUCUGGCUAUUGACCCGACAGAAGCCCCAAGUCUGUGUGAGCCGCCUUCGCUGUGAAGACUAUGGGGAGCUCAAUACCAGACUUCACCAGCGUCAUGUGCAACUAGUUCAAUCAUCCUCGGAUGUUGCAGCUGCUUUGAGCACCAUCAAGUCUGAAGCGAUCUUGACUGAGAGCUUCAUAGCUGCCCUUGCAGAAGCUCAAGGCUGGGAUGAUGAGUGGAUGGCUGCUGAAGAAGCCACAAGCAGGGGUCGUGGUCCCAAAGCUGUGGCGGCUGAGAUGCGAAGGGCCGCUGCAGGGAGUCAUUUGAUCCCAGACUUGAUGAAAGCUGCAAGCCAAGCAGCUGGUGCUGCGCCUCUUGCUUCACCGGGGGUGUCAGGUCCUGUUUUGCCUCAGCCUGUGAAUGUUUCUGGGCCCCCGCCUGUUCCAGAAUCCCAUGCACCUCGCCCACCUGUCCCGCUUGCUGUGGCUGUUGCUGCAGCUCCCAAAGCUCCUCCCGCUACGGUGGUGGUGGCUGCAGCUCCCAAAGUGAUGCCAGUGCGUCCUGUGAUGGUUCCUAAUGAGCCUCCUUUGAGCAACCCUGACAAUGCAGCGACGGUCAUCGAUCCACAGGGUGGCCCUCUUGGAACUCCAGAUCCUGCGCCUCCUGCUGGAGCUGAAGCUGGGGUCGAUGUUGUGACGGACAUGGAGGUGAAUGAAACUCCUGCGGAAGCAGCUGGAAGCCCUGCAGCAAUGUGUGCAAUUUGCCGCAACUCCCUGCGAGAGCCUGGACGGGAGGUUCAGAUGUUGGCUUGCGGGCAUGUGUGGCACAAGACAUGCCUGGAGAAUGCUUGGACUAUUGGAGGACAUGAGCCAGGUUGGUGCCCUUAUCGUUGUGAUGUGCGCCAUGCAGCUGCAGAAUUUGAGUUACCCCCUGCUGCUGGUGAUUUCGAAGAAGCUGCCCAUGGUGUCGAAGCAGAGCCACCUAUGGAACCUGUGUCACCGAGUCCGGUUCCUGGUCCUGCAGGGGGUGAGGCAGCCAUGGUGUUGUGA